AUGUCGUACACGGCCCCUCCACAACGCAUCACCUUCGAUGGCUUCCUCUUCGACAUGGAUGGCACCAUCAUCGACUCAACAGAGGCCGUCGUGAAGCACUGGCAUACUGUCGGCAACGAAAUAGGAGUCGCGCCCGAAGUCAUCCUCGAGACUUCGCACGGCCGUCGUAGCAUCGACAUCUUGAAGAUUCUGGCCCCUGAAAAAGCAAAUUGGGAGUACACGCGUGAGAUGGAGGGCCGCCUUCCGAAACUCUACGGAGGGGACGCCGUCGAAAUCCCUGGGGCAAGGGCACUCUUGGACGCUCUGAUUGAGAAAAAGGCUCCCUGGGCCAUCGUUACCUCAGGAACCGAACCCCUUGUUGGCGGGUGGCUCGACGCGCUGAAAUUGCCGCAACCCGAGCACCUCGUCACCGCCGAGUCCGUCGAGAACGGGAAGCCGGACCCGACCUGCUACCUGAUCGGCCGCAAGAAGCUUGGCCUGCAGGACGCGUCGAAGCAGGUCCUCGUCCUCGAGGACAGCCCGGCCGGCAUCAGGGCCGGCAAGGAGGCCGGUUGCAAGGUACUGGGCCUCGUCACAAGCCACACCGUUGAGCAGGUCGAGAGCGCUGAGCCCGACUGGAUCGUCCGAGACCUCGAAUCAGUCAAGAUGGUAGAGAGUCGAGACGGUGUCGUCACUCUGGAGUUCACCAACGCCCUCGUCUCGAAGCCUUAG